AGGGUAUGGACAAAGUAGGGCUGUUUAUCAAGUGCUUUAACAGUCCUAGGCUAUAUCAGAUAUGCAAAGAUGGAUUGUGUGUGGAUUAUUAUGCCACACAACAAACAGUUAUGGAAAAAUGGACUAAUAUGGUGUUCGAUGGAUACAGUUGGCUCAUCACUAUAGUAACAUAUCUUUCCCCUUUUAUUGUUUACAAUGCUUACAAACAUGGACUAGAAGGUCCUGUUGCCAUCGGCAAGUUCUCUAUCACACCUCUUAUAUCACUUUAUGUUGUUGCCUUCAUACUGAGAGGAUCAUCUCGAUGUAUUACUCCUGCAUACAGAGAAUUUUUGGAAAGUCACACAGAAUCAAUUUCCAGCAAUUCCAACAUUAUAAGACAAAGUUUCCUGAACAAGUACGAUUUUGAUUUCAGUGAAUGGAAUGUGGACAUGAAAGCUACUGCUGGUGUAACACCCGACAGUGAUAUUCAUGGAGAGUACUAUGUACCGUUUAUAUUAAAGCCGUUCUAUUAUUUCAUGGCAACGUGGAUAGCAAAACCUCUGGCCUAUCCUGGAGCGACAUAUCCCAUCAACGCUAUCAUGAGGAAACACUUGAGUGCAGGAAGAGCAAGUCACAUGUUAAUGAGGAGAAACAUGACACGAGCAAAACUUGAAACAGUAGACAACAAUCAUAUCGACUCUGUAUUUGUUGACAACAGAGCAAAGGACGAGGAUGGCACACCUAUUGAAGGACCCGGACAGACUUUGGUUAUCACUUGUGAAGGAAAUGCCGCGUACUAUGAGGUCGGUGCAUUUGAGUAUCCACUGAAAGAGGGUUAUUCCACUCUGGGCUGGAACCAUCCAGGAUUUAGUUACAGCACAGGUAUACCAUAUGGAACCGCUGAUGGAAAUGCCAUAGAAGCUGUAUAUGAGUAUGCAACUAAAGAAUUAGGAUUUGCUCCUAAAGAUAUUGCGGUCUAUGGUUGGUCUAUUGGUGGCUUCUCAGCAUCAUACCUUGCUAACGCUCACCCCGAUAUUGGUAAUGUUAUCAUAGAUGCUUCUUUCGAUGAUAUCCUCCCGUUGGCAAUUCCUCGCAUGCCAGAAUGGCUAGGAUCGGUGACGAAAAACUGCUGCAGAAAGUACUUUAACCUACAUAACGUAGCGUUGCUGCCUAAGUACCAGGGUCCCAUCAGACUGAUCAGACGGAACGGUGACGAGAUAAUCUCCACAAACGGACAUGCCUCGGGCAACAGAGGCAACCAACUUCUUAUGGCUGUGUUGCAGUCCCGAUACCCCGUCCUCUUCAAGGAUCAGGAGGUUGAAAACAUGGCCAUGGAUUGGCUGGAUCAGACCAGUCCUGUACCUAGAAGACACAGUGUGCCUGGAUACGACCUGGAAUUUUGUAAAGAACAGCUCAGCAAAUCUACCGGGCCCCCAGAUAUGGAGCUGGGAACAGGGUUAACUCGUGAUGAGAAACUGAUAUUGGCUUACUACUUGUUUAGUAAACAUCUCACAGAUUGCGAGGGUGGGCACAACAAUCCUCUUCCCAGAAAAUAUUUCAAAAUGCCUUGGAAGAAAUCUGACGAUUUAACGUCAUGAAAUGUCUUCAAAUGGAAUAAUCACAUCAAAGUGCAUAGUUUUAUUCAUAACAUUUAUGAAUUUGUUUGCCUUUUCUGCUUCUUUAUCUUUGUAUGUUCUUCUAGUUGUUUGGGCAAAAAUGUCGUUUCAAAAAUCUCCUACAAUUUAAGAUUUGUUUUAAUUCUUACAUUAAUUUUACUAUGUGAAAUGUUUCUUGAUUGAUACAUACGAUAACCUUUUCUGAAAUUUUCGUUUUAUUUACGAGUAAAAUAUCAUGAUCAUAUUAUGAUGUUGCAUGUCACAGUUAAAAAUCACGUUUUUGCAUUAAGUUUAAAUUGCAUUAAGAUUUGCAUGUUUGCAAAUGUAUUUGAAUAAUGUAAGUAACUUAGUAUUUGCAGAGAUAUGCCACCUCCCAUACUCGGCCUUCUCGACGAUAGGUUGUAUGGAAGACAAACAAAAAGGCAGAAAGUCUUCACUUCACUCACGCCAUCACUUACCAUCACUAACUUCAUCAAGGAAAAGGUUUUUAUUGAACGGUUUUCUGAUUCUGGAGAAAUCCUCCUUGGGUUUACAAACAAUUUUCAAUCUUUAGUUGCUUUUGCCUAUUUGGGUGUGGAAUCCUUAGCCGACAUUUAUAGCAUCACUUCGAGCGAGGAAGCAUUCCAAAGAGUAUUUAAAAAGAAGUAUGAAGUGACACCAGGGAGGCAACUACAGAGUGAGGUAAUGCUACAGAGUGAGGAUGGAAAUCAUCUUAUUCUGCUGUCCUCACCAGUCGACGGCAUUCAAGUAAUAUAUUCUGUAUCUUUAGAUUCUGGUGCUGUUUCAGACUCUUACGUUGUGCACGGAGGAUAUAUUGACUGCUUUAACAUUCAUCUUUAUCUAGACCGAUUAACAAUCCUUCUUGGCAAGCAGCAAGAGUUUCAAAUACUCACUUUAAGCCCUUGUGGCAAGCUGUCUUUAGUAGAUACCGUGGGUGAGUUCAGCUGUCUGAGUGAUAAGAAGUUAGCCAGCAUGUAUCCGAAUAAGGAAGCUUUCUCCGCACUGACACAUCGAUUGCUUGUGUUUUGGUGGCGAAAUGCAGGAAUGACUCAUGAAGACAAACUACGUAACUACUUCCGACAGUACAAUAUAAUCUCAUCUCUGAAGAUGGCAUCUUUCCAAUUCCUCGAUCGUGAAACUAUUCUCAUCAUCUAUGAAGUGAAGGAAAAUUCUGCUAAAACAGAUACUUAUGUAUUUGCUGUUUACAAUCUGGCAUCCUCUGAAAUUGAGGCUAUUUUCGAUGAUAAUGAUCCUGAUCUGAUAAAAGUUCUCACUGAAAAUGUUUAUGAAUUUAUCAUCCCCACCUUAACCCGGACUCAAGCAUCUCAAAUUAGCACGAAAAAUAGAAGACUUUACGAAAUGUUUAUAAACCACCACCUUUCUCACAACACCAAUACCGGUAGAGGGAAUUGUAGCAGACUUCUCCCUUUCCCUUGUCAAUCUUAUCUAGUUUCACCUUACUUUGAUAACGAAUAUUUCGAGUGGUCUCUUGACGAAAUAAUACCCUUCAAGAUGGGCAAAUGUCUAGAAGAACGCUGUCAAGUUGAAAAUGACAUUAUUUUUCUGACGCGUGGGAACAAAACGCGGUUUUGUCUGAGAGACACGAUCCGAGCUGCAAAGGUUGUUUUCCAUCCCUGGGAACCUGUUGUGCUGUCCGGUAUUCUUGUUUCCGAAGCAGCUCCACCAUCUACAUCAAUUAGUUUUCAGUAUCACUUGCACUAUCAUUCUUCCAAUUAAUGCCCACAUCCAGAAAGGUGGCAGAUAAUCUGCUAGGAAAUUUUCGAGGAAACUUGGUGCCAAAGAGGAAAUUUCCUGACUUUUUUAGGGCAUAAUAAGAAAAUGUUAAGGGGGAAAAUUGAACUUCGAGGAAAUUUAAAAGUUUCUGAAUGUGGGAAUUAAUGUGUUCAUCUUGUAUUCACGAUUAUCAUGCAAUUUGUUUGUA